AUGGCUGGGUACAGGCCGAGGGUGAUAGUGCUGAGUAAGAAGCCAGGUCAAAGUUUUGGCUUCUUCUUGAGGGUGGAGCAAGGAGAGGAUGGCCACCUGAUCAGGAACCUGGAGAGGGGCAGCCCGGCCACGCUGGUGGGUUUGAAGGACGGAGACCGCAUCCUCCGGGUCAACGGAACCUAUGUGGACGAAAUGGACCACUCACGGGUAGUGGACCUGGUGAAGGAGAGCGGUGCAUCUGUCACCUUCCACGUUCUGGAUGUGGCAUCCUACAAGCAGGCUAAGACUAAGGGGGUGGACCUGUCUGACCCACCCGCCACACCCACCCAGCACGCCAUGAACGGGGUGGGAGGAGGGGCGCCCAAACCCAAACUCUGCUACCUGGCCAAGUCCAGUGGGGGCUACGGCUUCUCUUUGCGCUCUGUCAAAGAUGAGAGGGGUGACGUGGGCAUGUUCAUGACAGAGGUGGCCCCAGGGGGUGUGGCCGCGAGUGCAGGGGUCAAGACCAACGACCGCCUGAUAGAGGUCAACGGGGAGAACACGGAGAACGCCACUCAUGACCAGAUAGUUGAAAAGGUCAAGGCAUCAGGCAGCAGCGUCAUGCUCCUAUUGGUGGAUGAGGACACAGACACGUUCUACAAGAUAAAACACAUCAUGAUAGGGGCGGGGCUAGCCACCGUGAAGCUCCUCCCACUGAAGCCACGCAUCGCAGACUUGGUCAAAGGAUCAGACGGCUAUGGAUACUUCCUAAGGACUGAGCCUAACAAGACAGGCCACUUCAUCAGGGACAUUGACAGGGGUAGCCCAGCCGAGAGGGCGGGAUUAAAGGAGAUGGACAGGCUGGUUGCCGUGGAGGGUGUGGAAGUGGAUGGCUGCAGCCAUGAGCAGGUGGUGGACAGGAUCAGGCAGUGUGGCAACAAGUGCUGCCUCCUGGUGGUCGAUGAAGACACUGACACGCUCUACAAGAUGGGAGGCGUUUCUCCUCUGUUCUACUUGGAAGAGAUUAUGGAAUCCCUCCUUCCAGCAACCCCUCCACCCAGCUACCCAGAGUGCGUGCCGGCCCCGGCCCCAGCCCCAGCCCCUGUUACCACAGACCUCCUCAAGCUGUGCAAGAUGGAGAAGACCUCCGCCGGGUACGGCUUCCACCUCAACGGUAUACAGGGAGUCUUUGGCCAGUAUAUCAAAGAGGUGGUGAAGGGUGGAGCCGCGGACAGGGCUGGUCUAGAGGACGAAGACAUGGUGGUGGAGGUGGACGGUGUGAAUGUGGAGCAGAGCAGUCACGAGCAAGUGGUGGGGUUGAUCCGUAAGAGUGGCAGCUUGCUGGUACUCCUAGUUGCCGGGAAGCAGGCCAACAACCACUUCAAAGCCAAAGAGGUGGCCAUCACUCCUCAGCUCUUCGUCCCCUCGUCCCAAGCCAGGUCCCCAUCCCCAGUCCCGUCCCCGUCUCUAGCACGGAGCCACACACCAGCCCAGAUAGACACCCCAGCCACUCUGGAGGAGGUCCAAGAGGAGGAAGAGGAGGAGGCUGCUGAGCCAGACACCACGCCGCACCAGGCACGAGAGAGGACUCCAUCUGUGUCAUCAGCAGCAUCAUCUUGCUCAAGCGUUGAUGAGAGACUCUGAGAAGUCACCAAUGAGAAAUAAUUUCCUGUUAAGACUUUUUCUGUCUCCCAUCAACAUUUGCACCAUGCUGGAUAAUGCAGGUAUCUCUGCUCAAGAACUCUGAUCACACUUAUCAAUGCAAAUCAGUUGAAAAUAGCAAUAAAUAGCCAUUAAUGUAUAACUGUAUUGAUCAGUUAGAUAGCACUGUUAUCCAACCAGCGUAUGGAUCAGUAUAAUCUCAUUACGAACACCUGCAAUGUAGACCGAGAACACUAGUAAUGCCAGUUCAAUGUGUUUAACUGGAACAGUAACCAUUGUGAGAGGCCUACUGUACUACACCUUAAUAAUAAUGCUGUCUUUUAAAUAUCAUUAAAAUGAUCAAAUACAUUUAAUUUGUUUUAGCGUACCCCAAGAGCCAUUGUCUUUCUGCUCUGAUGUCAAAUACUGCUCUCACAACGAGAAUAAAUGAUCCUGGACCAGA